GCUGCUGCUGGGGACAGAGUCUCUCCAUUGUCAGCAAGAAGAGAGCAGCUGUCAGGGGAGAGGCUGGCUCCAUGGGGCGGCAGUGAGGGGCCCUGCUGCAGGACGGGUGUGAGGGGUGUCCCCUCUGCAGUGGCUCAGGUGAAAGGGGGGGGGCUGCCCCAAGCCCCUGAGGAGGGGGGCACGCAAUGAGCUCCCAGGAGGAUCCGUUCCAACAAGCUGCCCCUGUCCCAGCUGCCUCCUCGGCUGACGAUGGCAUGACCUGGUGGUACAAGUGGCUGUGCAGGAUCGCCGGGGUCGUCGGGGGCGUGUCCUGUGCCCUGGCCGGCCUUUGGAACUGCGUGACCGUCAACCCCCUGAACAUCGCGGCCGGCGUGUGGAUGAUGUUAAACGCCUUUAUCCUGUUCCUGUGUGAAGCGCCGUUCUGCUGCCAGUUUAUCGAGUUUGCAAACGCGGUGUCUGCGCGGGCGGACAAGCUGCGGCCCUGGCAAAAAGCUGCCUUCUACUGUGGGAUGGCCGUCUUUCCAGUCAUACUCAGUCUGACGCUGACCACGUUCCUGGGAAACGCGAUUGCUUUUGCAACAGGGGUGCUGUACGGCCUGUCGGCGCUGGGCAAAAAAGGGGAUGCCAUUUCCUAUGCAAGAAUCCAGCAGCAGCAGAAGCAAACGGACGAAGAGAAACUCACGGGGACUCUGGAAGGGGAGGCGCUGUAGAAUUCCCCCUCGCCCCAGGUGCCUUCCUUUGGAGCCGCCUCCUCCUGGCACGGAAACUUUUCAAAUGCAGUGGAAACCCGUUCUGAUGUGAUACUGAUCAACUCUUCUAUCAAUUCCUUGGUGAACUUUCCAAACUACAAAUCCAAGGGGCAGGGGGUGACACCUGGCUCUCCAAAAUAGAUCCCCAAAUGGAGGAAUCGCAGGCUGCAAGUCUUGCACAUUGCAACUAGAAGAUACAGGUUUCAAGGGGAGGGAGCAUGUUAUGUGAUUAGCUGCCCUGCCCAGCCUAGAUGAUACCCAGCACCAAAGAUCUGAAAAACCAGGUGUCUGUGACUUACAUCUCAGCUGACUCUUCGAGUGCUGCUUGACAAGCUGGUAGGACCAACCCAUUCCUACCCAGCAAGAUCCUGGGGUUUUGCUGGGGAACAUGUGAUGGGCCAGGAUUUCACUAGGCCGGCUACUCCGGGAACAGUAUUCCCUGUAAGCGGGGCACUUGUACGGCCGCUCAGAAAAUAUUCAGAUGCUGCCCAGCUGAUUAGCACAGCACUCACAGCUAGGUUUGAUUUCUACCAGUGGUGCCCAUUCGCACAUGUGUCAGUGCACAUAAAAUUAUUCUGCACAUGGAUGGAAAAAAUCUGCACAUGGAGGGAAAAGAUUAGAGGGAACGUCGUCUGGGAAUUGCCUGAGAAGAGAUGGAAGAGGUACCCAUCCCAGAAGCUCAGGAGCUCUGCAUUAUGGAUACUUGGCUUCUGAAAGGUGAAUUAGGAACACGGGGCAAGCUCCUACCCUCCCAGCUGAGAUGUUUUCCUCCCUUUCCAGAGUGCACUGUUCAGCCAGUUCCCAGUGAGGUGACCGGAUGGGUGCCUAUUGGCCCUGAUGGUUAGUCUGGCUUUUUGUGCAUUCCAAGUCUUUAGUGCUGCUCUGUGAUGCUGACUUUAAGGGUGUAGUUUGCUAAUGUAGGGACUUAUGAUCUAAUGCAGAUGCCGGAAUGGACUGAGUUAGGAACUAAUUGAUCCUUUGUGUUGCUUUAGUUUAGAGUUAUAGAUCGGGGCAGCUAAGUCAGGAAUUACUGCCGUGUAGCAAAACCCCCGUGACAGCACAAAAGUAAUUUAAGGCAAUAACAAACCCUCUGGAGACCUGCUCUGAAGGCCACAGAAGUUAAUGGAGAGACUCCCGUGCUCUUGACUGGAUUUUGGAUCAAGUCCUAAUGCACGGAAAGCACGGCCUCCCCAUGGCUCUGGUAUAGCUGGAGGCAGCGGCUGCGUUGUUAAAGGGAUUCGAGCCAGAUCCGCUCCUCAGCUUCAUAGGGAUUCCCCCCCCCCCCUUUCCUGUUACCACUCACCCUUUCGCUGGCAGAAAAGGGGAGUUAGAGUUUCUUCCCCUCGGCGGCAAUGAGGGCAACGUUCCUGCAGCUGAGCAGGAUUUUGCUUGUCCUUCCCCUUUAAACUGCGACAUGCAAGAACUGGCAUGAAGGAAGGUCCCUUACUCAGGUGCUCAGAUUCUGAUUUGGAGUCUUAAACCUCCUUCGGUGCUCUUGCUCUUACAGCCUCUCCACGCAGGAUCCCGUCCUCUUUUUUUUCUUUCUUUCCUGUCCUGCCCCAACAUUCGCAUAUAGGCCCAUGCGAAAAAAGCAGGUGGCUUGCAGCCACCCAUAUUACUGCUGCACGGGCAGGUUGCAAGCUUUCCCCUGCAAGCCGUAGCAUCCCUGCCAUCCGGGGAGCAUUCCACGCUGCCUCUUCCGGGAAAGUUUUCGGAGAAGCUCUAAGAUCAGCCUGG